AGGUUUGUCGCCUAACUACAAUGGACUAAUAAACUUAUUGCUUGAACUUACCUUGGUUUUCUGUAUAAACAUGAAAUUAUGGGAUAUUUGCUCAAUGCCAGACGCGUAAUUGAAUGUAGAAUAACUCGGCCUUUUGAGAUCUGACUAUAUUGAACUUGGUGACCUCAGGGACUCCAUUGGACUGGUGGGAUAUGUAAUUCUUUACAGAAGCUUUGAUAUUAGCAUUACAUCAAUACUGACAUAUGGAUCUAUGAUAUUCGUAUGUGCAAGAAGUGUUUUGUGAAUAUGUUACGGAUAAUACAAUUCUUGGAAUUUUUUCAGUACGUGUAGAAGGGAAAUAACUCUUCAUAAUUCAAGGAGAGGAUAACUCUGUAAGAGAGUUGUUAAGAAACUAUCCACUGCUGUCGACUGGGGGGAUUUACCAGUAACUAAAAUGUGACUAUGGGUCGUUACAAAUGGAACUUAUGCCCUCGUUUUCAACGGCGACUUCCGGGUACGAGGUCAAGGUCAAGGUGCCGGAAACAGCUGGGACGUUGGACGAGCUCGUGGCAGACGGAGACGAUCGUCUGCUUCGUUGUCCUGUGCUCGCUGAUGCUGCCUGUCACAUCUGGGCUUUCUGUCCUCCCAGAGUUUUUGGAGAGCUACACCAACGUGCCUAUGGAGCCCGUCUUUCUGGAGACCAACACAAACAUCACGGCCAGAGAGGGGGGAAAGGCGGUAUUACCCUGCAAGAUACAACAUCUAGGAACCAAAAAGGUGGCGUGGCGCUCUGUCGACCUGGAAAAGUUCAUGACCGUCGGCACGAUGUCUUGGUUGCCAGAUGACAAGGUCGAGGUCAUGCACGUGCCACACCCUGACGAGGUGGAGGAAUGGUCACUGCUGUUCCACAGCGUCAGGAAAUCAGACGCCGGACUCUACGAGUGCCAGUUGGCCUCGGUGGCCGGGUACGCCAAACAUGUCAAGCUAACCGUCGUGGGUCCACCUAUAACAGAUCCAGAUGUCACCCUGACCGGUACCCAGUUUGUUGAACGUGGGGGUCAGAUCCUGCUGCAGUGUAACGCUACAGGAGGGGUCCAGAUAGCCGAGCAGAUAGACUGGUUUAAGGAUGGCAACAUCAUAUCGGGCCCCAGGUUCAAAGAUUACGUCAUAUACACCUACCGGUCUUACGAAGACGGGGCGCUGGUGAGUACCCUACAGGUGGACCGAGCAGGGGGUCAGCACGCGGGCACGUACGUGUGCAGGUCAUCAUACAACAAACUCAAGGACAUCGCCGUGCAGGUCUUAGUAGCUGAUUCCAGUAAUGUAAAGCGAGGUACCGUCUCUUCCAAUAAUUCAUCAUCAUGUCCACUCAGUCAAUCAACGUUGUACCUGUUCAUUGGCCUCGUGGUCACUCACUGGACGAUCGGGAAUUGAUGACCACCACGCUACAUGUAGAGUUCGUGGUCACACACUGGACGAUCGGGAAUUGAUGACCAUAGCACGCUACAUGUAGAGUUUAUAUUUUAGAACAAUUUUCGUGAACUCGGUGAUUGUGGCAGCGGAUGACAAAAUGUUCUAUUUUAACGGUCUAAGGGAAAUAAGUGAUGAAAUGAUUUUCAAAUACACGAUUACUUCCCUUACAUCGUAAUGUACUUGGACCGUAUACUAGUAUGAAGAAAGAAUUGGAAUCAAUUUUUUAUUUAUUUGAAUACAGCAACUGUGACUACAGAAUGUGGUUGAGAUUUGAACCUUCUACCCGACACGUUGUCACUGUUAUAAUAGAGUCAAUGAACAGCACCAUUAGACGUCAGCACUAAUUGACUAUGUCGUAAUGAGCACCAGAUGAAAUCAACACCUGUAUAUUACACCUUGAAUGAAUCAAUAUUGAUAGGUCUGCAUGAACCAGUGUUGAUCCACCAAUAUGAAUUAGUUUGAAUCAGCAUUGAUAUACUUGUAUGAUUUAGUGUUGAUCUACCUAUAUGAACCAAUAUUGAUAGAUCUGUUUGAAUCAAUGUUGACACACCUUUUUUUUUCAAUGCAGUAGAGUCUUAGAAAACAAGGCAAGAAAUUAGGAUAGUCUUGCUCAACUUGACUUGUAGUAAACAUUAGAGUUGGAAUCUAAUACAGGACUGGAGUUUUUUUGUUGGUCAUCGCUGUUUGCUCUGUAAUACAGUAAAAUGGUCACUAUCACUCAGUGUUUCUUUCAGACUUUUUUCU